AUGGUUAUUUUUAGAUAAUUUUAGCCUGAAUUCAUAAUUUCCUGUUAAUACAUGAAACAAAUGUCUAGGCUCACUUGACUGGACCCAUGUGUGUGAUCAGCAGCACUACAUACAACACCACAGACAUGCACCCAGACAUGAUGGAACGAGGUGCGAAGGCUUGCCCAGCUGAACUGGGCUUUCCUUUUGAUGAAUCGUAUAAGCUGAACAUGCAUUUUCCUAACUUGUUACAGUGUUGGGUACUAGGCUGUGAUAAGGGAAGCCAGAGAUCUCAGAAAUCAUGUUGGCCUUGCAACACUACCUACUUGCUCCUCUACAAUAGGAAGUUUUAUUUGGCCAUGCUGAUCCUAGGGUACUAUGCUAUGAGAAGGACAAGCGGGAAAGAUGCCAAGGAAUGCGCUGGUCAGCACAAUCUAUUGGGAGAGAUACAUAAUUGUUCAAGAUACAAGCAGUUUCUGUAA